AUGGGAAACCCGGACGGCGGCGUUGUGAGGGCUGGCGUGGGCGCUUGCACCGGACACGUUAGAACUACGAGGUCUCGCGGGGUGCCGCCUGGUGCUGGCAUGGGAGGCGUCGAGCAUUUACGGUCGAGAAAGCGCAGGAGCGGCUCCAUCUCGGCGGGGGCAUCGUUUUCCCGGUUGAUGCAGCAGGGUGGCGGGAAAGAAGCGCCAGGAUUUGACGCGGCUGUCCGUGCCUCUGCUGCAUCUUCUGACGGCAACACCGGCGGGGUAGAGGUGGCGGCGGUGGCGGAUGCGGUAGACGCUGGCGACGACGACAAGAGCAGCAGCAGCGACGGGGGGGCCGCUCACGAAGACUUGUCGGCGUGGCUACACAGCACGCAUGACUGGUGGACAUCUGACUGA